CUCAACCUCAAGGUAGGGUGUAAGCAUGGGAGAGGGCUGGAAACAGCAAACUGAGAAGCAGCAAGCCGCCUCAAAGGCCACCCAAACAAACUGCCCACUCACUUCCUUCCUGAGUCUUGGCCUCUGCGAGGAGGGGAAUGGGAGGGAGGGCAUACCUUAGUCCUGAAGGGGCAGCAAGGGAGUUAUCAUUCAGGGGACUCUGCCAUAAACAGCAGUGGGGAGAGAAUUGGAGGGAGGGAAAGAUGGGGGAGGGUAAGGGAGAGGGAAAAGUCUAAAACCUCCAAGACACAGGAGCUGGAGGCUGGGGGAUUCCCCAGACAGGGGCUCAGACUGGACCAGAUGCAGAGAACAAUGGGCUUGUAGGCUGGGAAGCAGGAAGGGAAGGGGGUAGGAGGCCACAUGGUCAGGCCCGGGAGAUCCUGGUACUUCAGGAGCCAAGGCCGGGAGCACUCCCAUGGGUCCCUGUGGGCAGGGACUGCCCCCAGGCCAGUGCCAGAGUCAGCCACAGGUGGGCGGAGCUGUGCAGAUCCUAACCCCCUCCACUAACAAUAACGUCAUUACCUGUGCUUCAGGCCAAGCGUAGGCCCUGCGUGCAUUAUUUCAUUUCAUCCUCACAGUUUCCUGCUGCAGGGCUACUAUUCUUAUUCCCUUUCACACUCUUAAAAGGGAGUGGAAACCCAGACAGGCCCGGUGACUUGUUCCACAUGACCCAGCUGGUAAGCUGCAGAGUCAGAAUUUGAACCCAGGCAGUUUGACUCUAAUGGCCACUCUCAUAAUCACAGGUGUUUCUCAUGCGACAAAAACGGGUGAUCAGGACAGAGUCAACAUUAAAGAUAGAUGAGCGUAGGGAAUAGAUCAGAAUGGGAAAGGGAUAAUGGGGAGACGCCGGACACAAAGAGACAAGGAAGGGAAGAGACAGGGAUCAUGGUGUUGCCCAGGAGGGGCCUCAGGCCCUGGGCGACAGGCAGGGGCUCCGUUUCCCUCAGCGGUCACCUCGCUGCAGGGACAACACCUUCCCAUCCGCCUGGUCCCCGGAGUCCCUGCCGCAUCCUCCUCAGCAGCAAGCCCCUGGCCUUCACAGGAAGCGUGCUCUCUUUCUCUAAUUGGCAUUGAAACACACAGCCCUCCCUUUUCCUGUAGGUGGGGUUUCCAUAGGAAAAAGCUGCUUCUCUGUUUCCCCCGCAUAGCAACUGUUUGGAAGUUAGAUCCCUACAUCCUGCUCGACUGGGUCAAGUCCCUCUUGGCCUGGCUCUUGCCCAUCGUUGGCUCUACUGGACCAACGGGUACCGCUGGCGAGCUUACUUCAUCGGUGCAGAGACCUCUAGGAUCUCUUCAGAUGAAAAUGGCCUGGCCUGGGAAUCCUGCUCGUUCUAUCAUCAUCUAAUUAUGGGACAAGGCUGUGCCAGCAGGUCUGGGGGCAGGAGAACAGGGCUAGUCAAGCCCCCCCCAGAAACACUGGAGGACUUCCCAGCCUUUGAAGAACUCUAGCAGUUUCUGAAUCGAACCCAUUCUGGCGGUAAGCAUGAUGCAACUUCUGCGACUUUUGCUGGGGCUUUUGGGGCCAGGUGGCUACUUGUUCCUUUCAGGGGAUUGUCAGGAGGUGGCCACUCUCACCGUGAAAUACCAAGUGUCAGAGGAAGUGCCAUCUGGCACGGUGAUAGGGAAGCUGUCCCAGGCACUGGGCUGGGAGGAGAGGCAGGGGCAAGUGGGCGCUGCUUUCCAGGUCCUGCAGCUACCUCAGGAGCUCCCCAUCCAGGUGGACUCUGAAGACGGCUUGCUCCGCACAGUGAGGCGGCUGGACCGAGAGCAGCUUUGCCGGCAGCGGGAUCCCUGCCUGGUUGCCUUUGACGUGCUUGCCUCAGGGCAUUUGGCUCUGAUCCACGUGGAGAUCCAGGUGCUGGAUAUCAAUGAUCACCAGCCACAGUUUCCCAAAGGCAGGCAGGAGCUGGAAAUCUCUGAGAGUGCUUCUCUCAGCACCCGGAUCCCCCUGGACAGAGCUUUGGACCCGGACACUGGCCCCAACACCCUGCACUCCUAUUCCCUAUCACCCAGUGAGCACUUUGCCCUGGAUGUCAUCGUGGGGCCUGAUGAGACCAAACACGCGGAGCUGGUGGUGGUGAAGGAGCUGGACCGGGAAAUCCACUCGUUUUUUGAUCUGGUGUUAACUGCCUAUGACAGUGGGAACCCCCCCAAGUCAGGCACCAGCCUGAUCAAAGUCAACGUCCUGGACUCCAACGACAACAGCCCUGUGUUUGCUGAGAGCUCCCUGGCGCUAGAGAUCCAAGAAGAUGCUGCCCCUGGUACUCUCCUCAUAAACUUGACUGCCACAGACCCCGACCAAGGCCCCAACGGGGAGGUGGAGUUCUUCUUCAGCAAGCACGUGCCUCCAGAGGUGCUGGACACCUUCAGCAUCGAUGCCAAAACCGGCCAGGUGAUUCUGCGUCAACCCCUCGACUAUGAGAAGAAUCCUGCCUAUGAGGUGGAUGUCCAAGCCAGGGACCUGGGUCCCAAUCCCAUCCCAGCCCAUUGCAAAGUCCUCAUCAAGGUUCUGGAUGUCAACGACAAUGCCCCAAGCAUUCACAUCACAUGGGCCUCCCAGCCGCUGCUAGUGUCAGAAGCUCUUCCCAAGGACAGUUUCAUUGCUCUCAUCAUGGCGAACGACUUGGACUCAGGAAACAAUGGUCUGGUCCACUGUUGGCUGAGCCAAGAGCUGGGCCACUUCCGGCUGAAAAGGACCAAUGGCAACACGUACAUGCUGCUAACCAACGCCACGCUGGACAGAGAGCAGUGGCCCAGAUAUAGCCUCACCCUGUUGGCCCAAGACCAAGGACCCCAGCCCUUAUCGGCCGAGAAACAGCUCAGCAUUCACAUCAGUGAUGUCAACGACAAUGCACCUGUGUUUGAGAAGAGCCGGUAUGAGGUCUCCACUAGGGAAAACAACCUACCCUCUCUUCACCUCAUCACCAUCAAAGCUCAUGAUGCGGACUUGGGCGUUAAUGGACAAAUCUCAUACCGCAUCCAGGGCUCCCCAGUUUCUCACUUGGUAGCCAUUGCCGCAGACACAGGAGAGGUCACUGCUCAGAGGUCACUGGACUACGAACAGAUGGCCGGCUUUGAGUUCCAUGUGGUCGCAGAGGACAGGGGACAGCCCCAGCUCUCAUCCAGCAUCUCUGUGUGGGUCACCCUCCUGGAUGCCAACGAUAAUGCCCCAGAGGUGAUUCAUCCCCUACUCAGCGAUGGAAAAGCCAGCCUCUCAGUGCUUGUAAAUGCCUCCACAGGCCACCUUCUGGUGCCCAUUGAUACUCCCAAUGCCCCGGGUCUGGCGGGCACUGACAUGGCACCACGGGCCACCCACAGCUCCCAGCCAUUCCUUUUGGUGACCAUUGUAGCGAGAGACGCAGACUCAGGGGCAAAUGGAGAGGUGUUCUACCGCAUUCGGAGUGGGAAUGAAGCCCGCCUCUUUGUCCUCAGCCCCCACCUGGGGCAGCUGUUCAUCAACAUCACCAAUGCCAGCAGCCUCAUUGGGAGGGAGUGGGAGCUGGAGAUAGUGGUAGAAGACUGUGGCAGCCCCUCCUUGCAGACCCAAGCCCUGUUGAGGAUCUUGUUCGUCACCAGUGUCGACCACCUGAAGGACUCCGCCCGUGAUCCUGGGGCCCUCAGCCCAUCAGUGCUGACGGUGAUUUGCCUGGUCGUCCUGCUGGCCAUCUUUGGGUUGAUCUUGGCUCUGAUCAUGUCCAUAUGCCGGACGGAGAAGAGGGACAACAGGGCCUAUAACUGUAGGGAGGCUGAGUCCACCUACCGCAACCAGCCCAAGAGACCUCAGAAACACAUUCAGAAGGCAGACAUCCACCUCGUGCCCGUGCUCAGAGGCCAGGUGGACGAGCCUGGUGAAGUGGGGCAGCCCCUCAAGGAUGUGAGCAAGGAAGCGAUGAUGGAAGCAGGCUGGGACCCCUGCCUGCAGGCUCCCUUUCACCUCACACCCACCCUGUACAGGACCCUUCGUAACCAAGGCAACCAGGGGGCCCUGGCUGAGAGCCGAGAGGUGCUGCAGGACACAGUCAACCUCCUUUUCAACCAUCCCAGGCAGAGGAACGCUUCCCGGGAGAACCUGAACCUUCCUGAGCCCCAGCCUGCACUGGGCCAGGCCCGCUCGAGGCCCCUGAAGGUGGCAGGCAGCCCCACAGGGAAGCCCCCUGGAGACCAGGGCAGUGAGGAAGCCCCGUUUAGCUCACCAGCCUCCUCUGCAACCCUGAGGCGGCAGCGGAAUCUCAAUGGCAAAGUGGCCGCUGAAAAAGAAUCAGGCCCCCGUCAGAUCCUGCGGAGCCUGGUCCGGCUGUCCGUGGCUGCCUUCGCGGAGCGGAACCCCAUAGAGGAGCUCACUGUGGAUUCAUCUCCUGUUCAGCAAAUCUCCCAGCUGCUGUCCUUGCUGCAUCAGGGCCAAUUCCAGCCCAAACCAAACCACCGGGGAAAUAAAUACUCGGCCAAGUCCUGCGGAGGCAGGAGUGUAAUCCCAGACACAGAUGGCCCCGGGGCUAGGGCUGGUGGCCAGGCAGAACCAGACCAGGACGAAGGACCCUUGGACCUUGAAGAGGACCUCUCUGUGAAGCAGCUGCUAGAAGAAGAGCUGUCAAGCCUGCUGGACCCCCACAAAGGCCUGGCCCUGGACCGACUAAGCGCCCCAGACCCGGCUUGGAUGGCCAGGCUCUCUUUGCCCCUUGCCACCAACUACCGUGACAACGUGUUCUCCCCGGACACUGCGGCCUUAGAGGAGCCGAGGACCUUCCAGACGUUUGGCAAGGGGUCGGGGCCAGAGCUGAGCCCGACAGGCACACGGCUGGCCAGCACCUUCCUCUCGGAGAUGAGCUCGCUGUUGGAGAUGCUGCUGGAGCCGCGGGCCAGUGUGCCCGUGGAGGCUGCCUCCGAAGUGCUGCGGCGGCUCUCGGUCUGCGGGAGGACCCUCAGUCUAGACCUGGCCACCAGUGGGGCCACAGGCACGGAUGUCCAGGGGGACCCAAGUGGAAAGAAGGGGACUGAGGGUAGGACCAGGACCAGCAGCAGCAACAGCAGGGGCCUUUGGAUCCAGGAACCAGGGGCCCCGGGAGAUGUUAGGGAGUCCCGGCCCUGAGGGCCCUCGGACAUGUUCUGGUUUCUAAUAUUGUUGAACUCACUGAGCAGAAGUGGCUCGAGAACUUUAGGGUGACUGAUGUUGCCCCACGGAGGGGACAGGAACCCAAGGGCUAACAGCUGGCUGACCAAAGCAGCCCCUUGUUAGGAGCUAGCUCUGCCUCUGAAUUUCCUGGAGGAUGGAGAAUGACUGGCUGAGAUAAGUGUUUGCUGGCAAAACACAGGUAGAGCACAGAGGGCUGGUCCUCGGGCAGAACAGACGCCACGGAGUGUCUGUCAUGAGCAGGAAAGAAUAGCCUUGUUGCAUCCUGGAGGGUGGGGGGCUGCAUCCUGGGGUGCCAGGCAAAGCUCUCCGACCUUCUAAUAAAGGAAAAGCAGUGGCUUGUUCGCCUGUUUACACCCCUCAGGAGGGAUGAGUAACAGAGUGAUAGUUCUUCGUCCUCCAGUCCCUGUCAAGCGGGUCAGGCUGGGCCUGGACAGGAACGGGGCACGUUUGGUGCAGUGUUAGGUACGUAACGAAGGACAUGUGUACUCUUGACCCUACUCCUCCAGUGCUGCAUUAUCAAAUAAUCUGCUUCUCAGCUGGAAAAUUAGGGCUAUGAAAAGCGUGACUAUUUAUAGAGCAUUUACAUGAGCCAGGCACCAGGCUUACAAUAGAAUUUAAUUAAUAAUUUCUCGACAACCCUGAGAGGGAGGUGUUAUUAUCCCCAUCUCACAGACAAGGAUAUGAGCCGUGGAGAGGCUGGGUGUCUUGCCCAAGAUCAAGCAGAGAGCAGAGGCAGUGCUAGUACUCGGAGCCACGUUUGUCCAACACCAAAACCCAUGCCCUUGACCUUGACACUACACUGCCAGACAAGGAAAGGAACGGAAAAGCCCCCAGGAGUGAGCUCUUGUCGGUAGCGGACUUGCCUGAGCUCCCCUCCAGAAACAUGGCUGAAGCGUAUUUCCAAAGCCGCGUAGGCCUGCACGUCUAACCACCAAGCCCAGAGCGAAGGGGAUUGAUCUGACCUGACGCAGGCCUGGGCCUCUGCAGAAUCCUGUCCUUUCGCAGGGAGCAGCCCUUCAGGUACAGACAUCAUCUUCUCAGAAACCAACACUCGUAGGGAAAUCUUUGUCACAGCAGGUUUGGGCCUGUGAAUUCAGGCGCCUGAGGAGAGUGUGUGAACCGGCUCCAUGAAAUCGACAGUGACAGCAGCAGACCUUCCAGGGGAGGAGGGAGUGAAGAAACAGCAAAUAUCUUCCCAAGGCUCAGCCUUAUCAUUUUCUUGGAAAUUUCCAAGCUAUCAUUCAGCUAGCUUCUCCAUAGCGUGGGGAUUUCCUGGACACUGAAGGCAAAAAUUCCUCCUUUUCCUCCUUUGGAGCUCAGGGCUCACGUUCAUUGUCCUUCAUCCUCCUAACUAGGGCUCAUGAUGCCAAGCAUACUGAGAAUACAGUGUGGCAUCAGUAUUCCAUUGUCCUAUUUUACAGAUGAGGAAACUGAGCCCCAAAAGCUAAGUGUUUCAGGAGCAGGGUCUCUGAUCACCUCGGCCAAGACAGAGUGAUCUCCUUACAAAAUCUCCUUACAGUCUGACCAGCCAGGUGCCCGGCACAAAGCAACAUAUGAUGAAUACCCACUGAAUGAAUGAAUGAAAGAAAUAAAAAUGCUUCAGAGCUCCCUUUUAUCUAUAUUGGAGCUCCAGAUAAAGCUCUACUAGGACCAAAAAAAAGGUUCCAUAUGUAAAAGCAAGCCUGAAAACCACAGCACAGACAGGCUGGCCUCCCAUUUACCAGUGGCUCCUCAGUACAGAGCUGAUGUUGGGAGGGUGGACAGAAGAGGUGGGGGAGCGGUGACCUGAGGAACCUUGAAGCAUGGUUGGCAACUAGAGCAUUGGAUAUACUGGAUCACUGCCUCCUUCCUGUUCAAAAGUCCUAAAUCUGUAGACCUUGGACCUCACCCCCACUUCCCUAAAUUCUAGGCAAAACUUUGUGUAUAGGCAUUUUCCUAAGUAGAAGACAAACAAAGUUCUCAUCAGAUUCUCAAAGGAACAGGUGACCUAUAAAAGGUUAUGCGGCACUGCUCUAAGUCACGAUCUAAACCUCCACAGACAAGGGUAAUUUUGGUUAUCAGGAGUCUGAACAUUUUAUAGCAAGGAAAUGGCAGGACAGAAAAGGCUGACUGGCCCAAAGUCACGUGGCCGGUUUGUGGCAGGGCUGGGAUUUAGGAUGAAGUUCGUUCUAAUAUAUCAAGGGUUCUUAACCUGGGACCCGUGGGUGGGCUUUAGGAUCUAUGAACCUGCUGAAUUGCUCAUAAGAUUGGGAAGUGCAUUUUGCUACGGGAAGGAGUCAGUGCUUUCAUCAGAUUCUCAGAGGGCCUGGGACCUAAGUAAGGUUAAGGACCACGGCAGUCCUCUAGUUGGUCCUCAGUUUGCCUCUCCUGCAAAGCCUGGAGAACUCCUGAGUAGAGCUAUUCUGAGGCACCAGCCUUUGCUCAGGGCAGGGGUGUAGGCACUGAGGGUUGUACUCUCGCCUGCACCAUGUGACGCCCUCCUAGCACGCUAAUACCAGACAGUAUAUGUGGGGACAGAACUGAGUGGGCUGAACAGGAAGGUCACAGAAACUUGUGGACGCCAGCUGAGAUGUCAAAGCUGAGACUGGACAUGCUCAGAACAGUUUCCCAAGAUGGGCUCUGUCCCCUGGGAGACUGAGGGAGCAGGCGAGCCAGCGAGCACUCAGUUAAAAGUCGUCUUAAUUUGGAAAGUGCAGUUUUUUAUCAACAGUCAGCUGAUCUCCAGCACCAGGAGUGGAAUGCAGUGCUCACUCUGAGCCUGGGGCAGCUCAGAGAUUGACGGGUGGCCUCCCUUCCCUGCCUGUCACCUGACUUCAGCUUGGUAGCUCACUGACCCUACCUCUUCUGGCUGAAACAAGAGUGAGAUGGUAACCACCACCCUUGGGAGGCUGGGGAGAACCACAUCUCAAAAAGGAGAAGACAGGAGUGGAGAGGCUCAGCUGGGCACGGAAAGUGUUCCUAGAAAAUAGGUCGGCAUUUUUCAGCCCUACUAAGUAUUGGGUACACGGUAGUGGGUAAGGCAAGGAGGGAGGCAUGAUCAGAAACACUCAGUCAACAAACAUUUUGUAUCUGUUGAGGAAUUACUAUGCAUCAAAAUCAGUACUGGAGGGGGUGUUAUAUAGAAUCAAUCCCUUCAACAAAUAUUUUAAGCACCUACUAGGUGUGGGGUAGGCUUGAUGUUGGGUGGAGAAGGGGCAAUGCAUAGAAUUACUCAUUCACUGAUAAAUGUUUAAUGAGCAUUGUAUUAACACAAA